AUGACUUCACGUCUGAUAAAUGCUAAUUCAAGACUUAAAGAGAUGGACCUUAAGGCUGAUAAAAAUGGCUUAAAAAAUACUGUUUUUUCAGUUAAUGGUGAUAAAUACACAGGUGAAUGGAAACACAACAAGCGCCAUGGUUUUGGUAUAUACGAAUGGAAAAAAUCAAACCUUGUUUACGAAGGUGAUUGGGAGAACAAUAUGCGAAGUGGAUCUGGUGUUUUGAGUCGGAAAUUUAAGAAUGGGAAACAAAUAAAUGUUUACUCAGGUUCCUGGAAAUACGACAAACGGCAUGGUUAUGGAAACAACUGGUAUUCAGAUAAUAAAAUAUACGAAGGUGAAUGGUAUGACGGAAAACGUUCUGGAUGGGGAAGAAUGCACUACCCUGAUGGAAGCAUUUAUGAGGGACAGUGGUUUAAUGAUAAACGGCAUGGAGAUGGGAUGCUUAGAUUGGUAAAUGAAAAUAGGUUUGAAGGACAGUGGUUAAAUGACAAAAAGAACGGAGUGGGAAAAUAUUUCUUCCUUAAUACUGGCCAAUUAAUGGAGGGAAUAUGGUGUGAUGAUGUAGCAAAAUCUUCUCAAAUUAUGGACCUCGGAAGGCAGGUGGCAAAAAGUCCAACGGAGUCCGAAAUACCAGAGAUAAAAUUGAAAGACCCUAAUGGUAUCCUCAAAAAAGUGCAAGAGGAGCUGAUGGAAAUAAUACGUACCAACAACUCAGAGAGUUCCUGA